CGACAUCUGUCUACUUUGUUUUCAGACGAAUGUGAUGUGAGUUAGUUUCAUCGUGAAGAAAUGUAAAGAAAAAUGCAAUAUUGUUUAAAAUUUAACAGAUGCUAAUACUAAGUACAUACAAGUAUCAUUAAAUAUCCACCACAACAUGGCUUACAGAUAUAUGGGUAUAAGGCUAAAAAGCAUUCUCAGCAUAUCUUCAAGGAAUACUUCUUCUAAGUCACAUUUUAUUAAAAAUAUUGGUCCUGGAGGAUUUUUUCUAUUAUCUGUUCCUGUUGCAACUUUUUGUCUUGGCACGUGGCAAGUUAAGAGACGUACUUGGAAAUUGAAUCUUAUAGAAAGUGUAAAAAAGCGGAGAGAAAUAGAACCUGUUGAUUUACCUGAUGAAAUGGAAAAGUUAUCUGAAAUGGAAUAUCGGCGAGUUCACGUUCGUGGAGAGUUUGAUCAUUCUAAAGAACUAUAUUUGGGGCCAAGGCAAUUAAUCGCUACUGCUGAUGGUAAAAGUGGAGGCAUUUUUUCUUCUCGUUCACAAAGUGGUGUCCUUGUGAUCACACCUUUCUAUGUGCCUGAUAAAAACAUAACUAUUCUAGUCAACAGAGGUUGGGUUCCAAGAAAUAAAAUGGAUCCAUCAACAAAGAAAAGAAGGACAGGUGUGACAGGAGAAAUUGAUUUAGUUGGAACUGUAAGACUUCCUGAAAAAAGACCUCAGUUUUCUCCUAAGCAUCAACCUAAUUCUGAUUUUUUCUUCUAUCGUGAUGUUCCAAAAAUGACCGAGAUUACAGGAGCAGCACCAAUAUUUCUUGAUGCUGAAACUACUGUUCCAGGAGGACCAAUUGGUGGACAAACUAGAAUUACAUUUAGGAAUGAACAUUUAUCUUAUAUUAUCACUUGGUAUUCUCUUUGUGCUGCUACUACAUACAUGUGGUACAGGAAAUAUCUUCAUCCUAUAAAAUUGGCUGUUUGAAGUCAUAUUGUGAGUAAUAAAAAAGCAAUAAAAAGUAUUUUUUUAAAUGG